AUGGACAACAAUAAGCACUUACCCAGCUCAGACGUCCCUGCAUUGACCGGUAGUUCUGACGAUCUUGGUUCUGAACCUGGGGGUCAGGCUUUUGCCGACCGUCAGCGUGCCCGCAGAGAUGGGUCGAGCCCGCCAGGCCUGUGGCACUCCCCGGGGGCUGUCCUGUCACUAGGGCCCCGUGGUGGCAUUAGGAUGCACCUGUCGGCGGUGUUCAACGCCCUCCUGGUGUCCGUGCUGGCAGCGGUCCUGUGGAAGCACGUGCGGCUGCGUGAGCAUGCGGCCGCUCUGGAGGAGGAGCUGGCCCUCGGCCGCCAGGCCCCAGAGCCGGGCCCCGCGCUGAGGAUCGACUACCCCAGGGCGCUGCAGACCCUGAUGGAGGGAGGCACACACAUGGUGUGCACGGGCCGCACGCACACUGACCGCCUCUGCCGCUUCGAGUGGCUGUGUUACUCCAGCGAGGCCGAGGAGUUCAUCUUCUUCCACGGCAACGCGUCCGUCAUGCUGCCCAACCUGGGCUCCCGGCGCUUCCAGCCGGCCCUGCUCGACCUGUCCACCGUGGAGGACCACAACACCCAGUACUUCAACUUCGUGGAGCUGCCGGCCGCCGCCCUGCGCUUCAUGCCGAAGCCCGUGUUCGUGCCUGACGUGGCGCUCCUCGCCAACCGGUUCAACCCCGACAACCUCAUGCACGUCUUCCACGACGACCUGCUGCCUCUCUUCUACACCCUGAGGCAGUUCCCCGGCUUGGCCCACGAGGCCCGGCUCUUCUUCAUGGAGGGCUGGAGCGAGGGCGCACACUUUGAGCUCUACAAGCUCCUCAGCCCGAAGCAGCCACUCCUGCGGGCACAGCUCAAGACCCUGGGCCGGCUGCUGUGCUUCUCCCAUGCCUUCGUGGGUCUCUCCAAGGUCACCACGUGGUACCAGUAUGGCUUCGUCCAGCCCCAGGGCCCCAAGGCUAACGUCCUGGUCUCGGGCAACGAGAUCCGGCAGUUCGCACGGUUCAUGAUGGAAAAGCUGAACGUGAGCCGGGCAGGGGCUCCCCUAGGCGAAGACUACAUUCUGGUCUUCAGCCGUACCCAGAACAGACUCAUCCUGAAUGAGGCAGAGCUGCUGCUGGCACUGGCCCAGGAGUUCCAGAUGAAGACGGUGACGGUGUCCCUGGAGGACCACGCCUUUGCAGAUGUCGUGCGGCUGGUCAGCAACGCCUCCAUGCUGGUCAGCAUGCACGGGGCCCAGCUGGUCACUGCCCUCUUCCUGCCCCGUGGGGCCACUGUGGUCGAGCUUUUCCCGUAUGCUGUCAAUCCCGACCACUAUACGCCCUAUAAGACGCUGGCCACGCUGCCUGGCAUGGACCUCCAGUACGUAGCCUGGCGGAACAUGAUGCCAGAGAACACAGUCACGCACCCUGAACGGCCCUGGGACCAGGGGGGCAUCGCUCACCUAGACCGGGCGGAGCAGGCCCGUAUCCUGCAAAGCCGCGAAGUCCCGCGGCAUCUCUGUUGCCGGAACCCUGAGUGGCUCUUCCGUAUCUACCAGGACACCAAGGUGGACAUCCCAUCCCUCAUCCAGACCAUACGGCGCGUGGUAAAGGGCCGGCCGGGGCCGCGGAAGCAGAAGUGGACUGUCGGCCUCUACCCAGGCAAGGUCCGGGAUGCGCGGUGCCAGGCGUCAGUGCAGGGCGCCUCCGAGGCGCGCCUCACCGUGUCCUGGCAGAUCCCGUGGAACCUCAAGUACCUGAAGGUGAGGGAGGUGAAGUACGAGGUGUGGCUCCAGGAGCAGGGUGAGAACACCUAUGUGCCUUACAUCCUGGCCCUGCAGAACCACACCUUCACUGAGAACAUCAAGCCUUUCACUACCUACUUGGUGUGGGUCCGCUGCAUCUUCAACAAGAUCCUCCUGGGACCCUUUGCAGAUGUGCUGGUGUGCAACACGUAG